CAAAAAGACCCCAUUUUGUAUGCGCUACGAAUACAAUUUUCGAUAAUGAUAGACGAAUUUAAAUUAUAACGGUUUCAAUCAUAUUUCCUCUUGGCUCUUUUUUCUAUUCCAAUGACAGUUACUAUCUGUCAAAAUAGUGUGCCACAUUACUUAUCAUCUCAAUUUCCUCCCCAAAAAAAACCCCCCAUAACUUUCUAUCCCAAUUUUGGGUGAACCAUUUCCCUCAUCAUUCCCAUAACCUCAUUCACAGAACACACGGCGGUGAGCUGGUGUCCGCGGCUGGUGUCCAAUGAAAAAAGGGGUUAAUUUCCUUCUUGAAGUUCUCUUGAGCUACUUCCACUGUUCUUCCACCAUUAAGUUCCACACAUUGUUAUUAUUAUUAUUAUUUGCAAAACCCCUGCGCGGAGAGCUUUCGCUCGGGUGCUUUUUUUAGUUUUUGUUUGACAGCACAAAAGCAAACCGACUCCACUGUAACGGACAAAGCAAAAGCUCUCAAAGCAGCGUUUGAUUUUUACUUCGUCGAAAUGUACUCCCGUCCCGUGUGGCUGGCGAAAAGAUGCCGCACUUCGGAGUACGGUUGUAUGCCUUUCUCUCCUCACCAUCCACAAGCUGGCGUGCUUUCGGCGAGUCUUUGUUGCGGGCUCGAAUGGUGAAGCUUUGGAGCGAGCUUUCGCGGUGAAAAACGGCAACCCGGGUAAAAAGAGCACUGAGUAAGGGAACGGCGCAGGAAAAGCGUUUCGGACUCUCAUGGGGUGAUUGGCGCUCUCGGACAUGGUAGGCCAGCCGAGCGAGCGCCAGCAGUAGUUCAGUAAGUCAGUGACGGUGGUUUCGAGUGGUUUGUGGUCAGGAUCAGCCUUUUUUGUUUGCUUCUUCCCCAAAGCCGAGCCGUACAAGUGGACGCGACGCAUCACCGCGAUCGGACCGGGUCGAUCCAGUUUGAUGGUUUUUCGCGCACGCGCACAUACCUCUCGUAAGGGUACGGUAAUUGCAUUUAACGGACGAAAGAGGAUCGAAAAUAAAAAAAAAAUCCCCCUCAUCGGUCAGAAAGACAGACGAGUGCUUCCAUUAAGAAAUCGUGUCGUAAUCGUCACAUGGUGCCGCUGAUCGUCCUGUUCUGUGUGUGAGCGCCAGUCUACACUGGGCCGUGUUAUGCCAUCGAUCGGUGUUGUGGUGUCCGCUGUGUCGCUGCAUCCUUCCCGGUGCAUCGCGGUUUUCGAAGCGCAACGCAACGCGCUAACGGUAAUGUGCGGCGUGUUCGCGUCCGUUUGCUGAUCUGCAUCAGGCUGUGUCGAAUGUGUGUGCCCUCGGAGUGCUUUUGAAAGUUGCAUUUGCGAGUGAUCCAACUGAAUACGAUAACGACACUUUCACUCUUCCUACGCGCAUAUAACAUGUGCCAGUGGAAACUCAUAUCUGACUAGGUACGGGCUUAAAAGCGAAAACUCGAGAUAAAAAACCAGAAAAAACACCAAACACACAUACACACAGCAUCAGAGCCUUCACCCGUGAACGUAACCGACUCGUCCGUGCGUAUGCUCCAGUUCCGGUUCUAGUGUGUGCGCAACGAUACGUACCGUUCUAAGCAACAUGAACGCAAGACAUCAACGAUGGCUGAGGCAACGAACGCUGCCACUAUUCAUGGUCACAGCGAUGUGCAUCAUCGGAUUAGAAGGAACGAUGAUAAGACCCGGACCGGGUCCAACUCACCACACAAAGGAUGCCGCGACCCAGCGGGACAUUCAUCAGACGGGAGGAAUUGAUCCUUUGUCCGCAGCGGGCGUCUCACCCCACAACAGCUCAUCCGCCAUGUCGUCCACCGAUCGCCACCGGAGGCUGAUCCCUUACAUGCAGUACUACGUAACGUCGACGGCUGCGCCACCAUCCGGCGCAACCGAUAAUGCGGACUAUCAGCCGUCGUUCAACCAGGUCUAUAAUUAUAGGCCGAUCAAUGUUCCUGUCCGACAAGAGCCUGUGGCAGACAUUCGGCAAAAUUAUUACACACCGAAGCACACCAAGCAGCAGCAACCGUAUCGGCAGCAAGAAGAAACGCUUGCGUACGAUCUGCAGCGACCGCUGGUGCAGCACCGUAAGCCGUACUACAAUACAAAGUUGAUUUCAUCCGCCGGCCUUAAGUCACUGCCCGCGGUCAGCAUAAAUCCCUUCACCUACGAGUACAAUCACCGGCACCAGCAGCAGCAAACGCCCGUGAAAGUGGUGUCCGUCGGUGGUUCGCCCAGUACCUCCCAUGGGACGCCAACGUCAUACUCGGUGCUUAACACUGCCUCAUCAAGCGAUCACAGUGACAACCACAACGGGCCCGGUAGUGAUAUUUACGAACGGCCCAAGUACGCCGUCAUACCCCGGGAACGGGAUCAGUACGAACAGGUUCCGCAAAGGUUUGCUGCCGUUUUACCACAAAAGCUGUACGGCAUUGAGGUGCACACGAAACAUGCGGCUGAGGAUGAAGCUGGAAGUGAUUUACCGUCCGGUGGUGGUAAAUACUUUCUUCCUACUGUUGCUAGUGAGCUUGCCCCUUCACGUAAACCGGCCCUGUAUCAAACAGUUCCGGUCACGUACAAGAAGAAGAUCAUUAAUCCAUUUCUGCCAUCGAACACUAUACCGGGUCCUUUCACACCCAUGACUAGUGGGAGUAGUAGCAGUAGCAGUAGUAGCAGUAGUGGACCUAACGCACCCACAGUGAGUUCUCAGUAUCAGCAGGAAGGCGGGCGUGCUACAUCUGGAGUUUCUCCGAUUUCGUACCUAAAGAACACAGUUACCGAACAACCAACAGUGGCCGUUUAUUCAUCGUACGAUCAUGGUGCUCCGGUACAGGAUAAUCGAGCCCAUGGUGAAGUUGUGUCUUCACCGUACGUAGUAGUGAAAACUGUUCCUAAAUAUUACUACGAAAAACCAAGGAUUUCAGUGUCUACACCUACUCCAGUACCUUACCAGGUGUACUAUAAAGAAAAGCCCAGUGAAGGUCGCAAGCAGCACUCCAAUCAUAGUGGUUAUACGAGACCACGGAUUCCAGGAGUGGUUCCGGUAAGAAUUUCUGUCGAUCCACACAAUCACGCUAGUGAGGCACAACCUGAACAACCUUCAGGCACCUAUUACACAAUCGGCCAACAGCUAUACAAGGUGCAGGAGCAUGUGCCACCUCCCACCAAGCACCAACAAACGUUGCCACCUCCACGACAGCAUUUGACAGAAACGAUCUUACCACAGCAUACACCACAGAAGGUAGUCAUUCCGGAUGUGAGUUCUAAGAGUCCAGCCAUUACUGGACAGUACUUUAUCGGACCAAACUAUAAGGUAUACAAAGUGCCGGUAAAACAUCAUCACGCAAUGCCCGAACAAUCAUACCCGUACGCACAUGCACCACAGUCGGUGGCAACGUAUUCGACUACCACCUCCAGACCUGUAACGUACUCUACUGGGUCUUCCGUCACUACAGCAUCACCUCCGGUACAUGAAACACCCUUGUACCCGGUCUAUCACCAUCAAUCUCCUAAGCCUGCGCGAAAUAAUCGCACGGAGUAUGCCAACCGGCAACGCUUCUAUCCUCAAUCGAUGCGUCACCCAAGCCAACACAAACCGAGACCCAUUCCGCUUGCUCCAGUAACGGAGCGUGAGCAAGCACUAGGUCUACCACAUGGCGCGGCUACCGGGUCAUUAUCCGAUUUGCUCAAGAACCUGCAAGAUAGUAAUCUUCUCCCGAAAACACUCACACCGGAUAACAUUGACAACUCCAUCCGCACCUUGGUAAAGAUUCUGAACAAUCUGAAAGCAAACGGUCACCAUCGGCCGGAGGUAGAACGACCAGAGUUAGCAGAGCCGGUAUACGAACAUACGAACUAUACGACUCUUGAGCCGGAAACGUACGUCGACACGGAUAAGUAUCGGGCCGGGCCACCGAUGUUGAUCAACAAGAUCGUAUCGCCCGGACCAAACACCGGUAAACCCGGCAUUGAUUAUCCCGCACUAGCAGAAAUCCCCGAAACGAGCUUCAAGUGUAAGGAUCAACGGUACAAAGGAUUUUUCGGUGAUCCGGAAACGAACUGUCAGGUGUGGCACUACUGUGAUCUUAACGGUGGUAAAGCAUCCUUCCUGUGUCCGAAUGGGACCAUCUUCAGUCAGGUCGCUCUGACAUGUGACUGGUGGUUCAAUGUGAAAUGCUCCACUACUGCGCAACUGUACGUCCUGAACGAGCGAUUGUACAAGUACAUUCUUCCCUUCACACCCAAGUUCCCGGAAGAUUACAGUGGACCACUGGUUGAUAAGUAUCUUGCCCUCAAAUUCCAAGAGAUGGAGGAGAAGAUGAAGCAACAACGUGCCAAGGGAGCUAAGCAAGGUUCGAUCGAGAUCCCGAAUGUGGUUCCAGAAAACGACGAAGUCAACGGCAACACGCUGGAAGACAACGAUGAACGAUACAAUCAAAAUCAACCGUACCCGGUUAAGUACGUCACUACGGAGGCAGUACCAGAGCAUGCCUCAGUAACACCAGCUCGGCCAAAAACCGUCAUAUCGAUGCCAUCCGCUCCCUCCUCAUCCGUUCCAAUUACGCUCGAAGAUAUUGAUGCGGAACUGCAGCGAGGGAAUAGCGGCGGUGGAAUGAUUGAGUCUUCCAGUGCAAGCAGCAGCAGUACUGUGGGUCCAUCCCCUAUGUCCGGAGAAGAUGAAGAUGAUGGAAGACCACCGGCGUCCUCAAUGUUCCGAACGUCUUCCGUCCCAACCACCACAACUCUUAUCAUUGCCACUGAGGAACCUCCGAUCGAUCCGUUUCGUUCCGAGGAAAUGAUGAUCGAGCCGGAAGGACGAGAGCAGGAGGAGGAAUACGCGAAUGUGUUGAACACGGAGCAUCCGGCAAGUGUUUCACCGCUGAACCACAACAUCCUUCCAACGGCGGCACCCAUACUCAGCAAGAUUCGCCGGAUUGAGGUUAAAAACGAUGGUACCAGCGGACAUCUUAUACGGAACCCAAAUUAUGAUCGAAGAAGGAAGAGGUGAAUUUGGAUGGAUUUUUUUGGACGGGAGGAGGAGGGUUGGCAUGGGGAUGCGGAAAGAUGAUCGAUGUUGAUUUAUGAUCAAUACUCAUACGAAACUCAAUAAAACAUUUGUACAAUAUGUAGUUAAAAUAAAUUAAAUUAAACUGUA